AGCACGGUCCACGCCGUCACGGCCACACAGAAGACCGUGGACGGUCCCUCUGGGAAGUUGUGGAGGGACGGACGUGGAGCCUCCCAGAACAUCAUCCCCGCCUCCACCGGAGCCGCCAAGGCCGUGGGCAAGGUCGUCCCCGAGCUCAACGGGAAACUCACCGGGAUGGCUUUCCGUGUCCCCACCCCCAACGUGUCUGUGGUUGACCUGACUGUUCGUCUGGAGAAACCCGCCAAGUACGACGACAUCAAGAAGGUGGUCAAGGCCGCGGCUGAGGGACCCAUGAAGGGAUUUCUCGGCUACACAGAGGACCAGGUCGUGUCCACGGACUUUAACAGCGACACUCGCUCCUCCAUCUUUGACGCCGGCGCGGGCAUCGCCCUCAACGACCACUUCGUCAAACUGGUGUCAUGGUACGACAACGAGUUCGGCUACAGCCACCGUGUGUGCGACCUGAUCCAGCACAUGUUCUCCAAGGAGUGAAGUCUCCUGACGCCUCCAUGGUUCCUUCUCAUGAUUCCCUUCCUUCACAUGUAACUGGAUGAUAAACAUCCGUCCCGGGAGCAAACUCCUCUACGACAAUCGUCUGUGGUUGAUAGAAAUAAAACUAAUGAUAAAACCUUUUUUAUAUCCUAAAGUCGCCUGUUCAGCACCGAUGAUUCUCAACUGUCUGGUUCUGAGUGAUCUUGUUGCACAUGUGGCUCCUUUAGCACGUGACAUAAUAAAAGUCCUGCACUUUUAAUGACG